CCUGUGGAGCGACCCCGUGUCCCUCCCUGACCCCUGGAGGAUUCCCCAAGGUCACAGUCACCCCCUCCAUCCCAGACUUCCCAUCUCUUCAUGGCUAACGCAUAACAAUCGUCACAAUUAACAGCAGCCCCACACUCUGAAGCGCUUCUGGAAGGGAGCUCUACUCAAGAAGAGGGAGACGAGACAGGGACCUCCCCGCGCCGUCCUUUCUUCCUCGGUCUCUGCUGCUGAGGACUAUUUAUAGGUGGGUGACAAGGGCGGCGGGAGGGCGUGAAGGCAAAAGACAAGCUUUUUUUUCUCGUAGGAACUCAAAUCUUCCGUUCCGGCUGUGUUUCCGGAGGCAUUUCCAGAGUACCUAGAGGGGAGCGACUUCCGGCUGCGACCGCGUCUUCCGAGUUUUGAGAUCGGCUGCUUCCGCCCGGAGUUGCUGUGAGCUCCAGCAGCAAGUAGCCACUUCCGCCAGGAGUCCCUAGCGGCCAGGGCGUGGAAGCGGGUCCCGACGCGGCAUCCUCCUUCUUCCCUCUGCCUGCCCACGCGGGACGGGGUCCCCAGCGGCAGUGGCGGUGCCUGGGCCUGUGGAAAGGCGUUCUCUGUGGCCGAGUCCUGGGCCUGGCGGACCGGGCGGUGCGAGAGAGGCGCCCGGGCCUAGCCCAGCCCCACCUGCUGUCUCCCGCGGCCGGUGCCGGCGGCUGCAGGCCUCGCCGCGCCCACCCUUUCUGGGGCGGGCCCAACCUCACCGCCCGGCCGGCCCCGCCCCACGGGCCAGCCCCGCGCCGGGUAGUUCCGCUUCUCUCCCUGCGGCGGGGUAACCGCCUCGCACCUCCCGGGCUCGCCUUCCUGGCUCCGGCCGCGGGGGGAGCAUGGAGUUUGCGGAGCUGAUUAAGACCCCGCGGGUGGACAAUGUGGUGCUGCACCGGCCUUUCUACCCGGCCGUCGAGGGCACCCUGUGCCUGACGGGCCACCACCUCAUCCUGUCCUCCCGGCAGGACAACACGGAGGAGCUGUGGCUCCUCCAUUCAAACAUCGACGCCAUCGACAAGCGAUUUGUGGGAUCACUGGGUACCAUCAUCAUAAAAUGUAAAGAUUUUCGAAUUAUUCAGUUAGAUAUUCCUGGAAUGGAGGAAUGCUUGAAUAUAGCCAGUUCCAUUGAGGCAUUGUCUACCCUGGACUCUAUCACUCUGAUGUACCCUUUCUUUUACCGUCCUAUGUUUGAAGUGACAGAAGAUGGCUGGCAUUCCUUCCUUCCUGAGCAAGAGUUUGAACUGUAUUCCUCAGCUACCGGUGAAUGGAGGCUAAGCUAUGUCAAUAAGGAAUUUGCUGUCUGUCCCUCUUACCCACCAAUUGUCAUAGUACCCAAAUCCAUUGAUGAUGAAGCUCUUCGGAAGGUAGCUACAUUUCGACAUGGAGGGCGCUUCCCAGUACUAAGCUAUUAUCACCAAAAAAAUGGGAUGGUAAUUAUGCGAAGUGGCCAGCCACUCACUGGCACAAAUGGGAGGAGGUGCAAGGAAGACGAGAAGCUGAUCAACGCUACCCUCAGGGUGGGGAAACGUGGCUACGUCAUUGACACCCGAUCCCUGAACGUGGCUCAGCAAGCUAGAGCCAAAGGAGGUGGCUUUGAACAAGAAGCCCAUUAUCCCCAGUGGAGGCGAAUUCAUAAGUCCAUUGAGAGGUAUCACAUUCUUCAGGAAAGCUUAAUCAAACUCGUAGAAGCUUGUAAUGACCAAACACAUAACAUGGAUCGAUGGCUCAGUAAAUUGGAGGCCUCUAACUGGCUGACUCACAUCAAAGAGAUUCUGACAACUGCCUGCCUCGCGGCUCAGUGCAUCGACAGGGAAGGAGCAUCAGUAUUGAUUCACGGGACAGAAGGAACUGAUUCCACACUCCAGGUGACUUCCCUGGCCCAGAUCAUCUUGGAGCCAAGAAGCAGGACGAUUCGUGGUUUUGAGGCUCUGAUUGAGAGAGAGUGGCUGCAGGCUGGUCACCCGUUCCAGCAGCGCUGUGCACAGUCAGCCUACUGUAACACCAAGCAGAAGUGGGAGGCUCCUGUAUUUCUUCUCUUCUUGGACUGCGUGUGGCAGAUCCUUCGUCAGUUUCCCUGUUCUUUUGAAUUUAAUGAGAAUUUCCUCAUCAUGCUCUUUGAGCAUGCUUAUGCUUCACAAUUUGGAACAUUUCUGGGCAACAGCGAAAGUGAAAGAUGUAAGUUGAAGCUACAGCAGAAGACAAUGUCUUUGUGGUCCUGGGUCAAUCAGCCCAGUGAGCUGAGUAAAUACACCAAUCCCCUCUUUGAAGCCAACAACCUCGUCAUCUGGCCUUCGGUUGCUCCGCAGAGUCUUCCGCUGUGGGAAGGUAUUUUCCUACGUUGGAAUAGAUCCUCUAAAUAUUUGGAUGAAGCGUAUGAAGAAAUGGUUAACAUCAUUGAAUAUAAUAAGGAAUUACAAGCAAAAGUCAAUAUCCUUAGAAGGCAGUUGGCAGAACUGGAAACAGAGGAUGGGAUGCAAGAGAGUCCCUGAAAGGUCUCCUCACACCCUUCGUAAGGACCUUCCUGGGCCUGUGUCCACCUCUCUCUCCUUGUGCCCUUCAAUUCACUUUACGCGGUAGCCUUGAAGUAAAGGCUUUGGACGUGGGUCCCUUCUAACGUAAUGGAUUUCUCAAUACUGUGUGAAUAAUGAAACUAUCGUAACUCAUGUUUCAUGUGGCCUGUUAGGCCCUGUCACUUGGAGCAGGAAGGAGGUGCUAGUCAUUUUAUUUUUACGUGAAAUAGAUGACCUAUUUAAUGCCAUUUGUGUUCAUGCCAUUUAUCGAAAGCUUUUUUUCUGUGCCCACUCCCUAAACAGCAUUCUAGAGCAGUCAGGGAGACAGUUAAUCUCUCUAGGGACUAUUUGGUGGUUUUAAAAAGGGUCAGACUUUUAAACCCUCUGAGCAUAGAAAUGUUUCUCAAAAUGGUAGUGAUUGAUAAACCGAGAAUUUUGUGUUUAACAUACCAUUUCCAGUGUCUUUGCCACAUCAAAUAACCAUUUUCUUUAAAAUAGUUUUGGACUAACGAAGCUGAAUCUGUUCUCAUUCUUGUUUGUCAAGAAAGGAAAAUCUGUUGUUCAAGGUAAAUUAUUUCUUCAAGCGCAACAGGUAUGGUCCUCUGAUACUUACAUUGAGAAGAGUUAAAUUUAUUUUAACGUAGACACUAAAAGUAUGUGCAAUAUAGAAUUAAAGUAGGAAUUUGUUACUGGUUGAGAAUUGUUACUGUCGAAUUGUUUUUAUUUUAGGUUUUGACCAUACAUAUACAAUGUGUAUCAAAUGCUGGUUGUAAAAUUAAACCAUCAUCUAGAAUAGAGUUAAUUUGUUAUAAUCAAGCUACAAAUACGGUUGUCUUAAACCAGAGAUGAUGCACUGCCCUUGUCUAAAGUUCUUAUUGCACUGGUUUAUAUAUGUAUGUGUGUUUUAUUGUGUGUGUUUUUUUUUAAUUUGUAAGUAUUCUAAGAGUUUACUAAUACUAACGUUAAAAUUUUCAUGUUGACCUGAGCCUUUUGCAGAUUUAUUUUGACUCUAUUCAUUUGCCCAUUAUGUGUUAAGCAAAUAUAGCUUAAGUGAAGGGGGAUGUUUGUAAAUAUGAUGUAACUCUGUGUUUUAAACUUCAGGACAGAUUUGAGUGUUUCAGUGUUACAGAAACAGUGAUGGCUGUAUUCAUGCUCUGCCAGUUUAUGCCUGCAACUCCAAAUACUUGUGGUUCGGUAUUUUGCACCUACAUUUCUGUUAGGUGACAUUGCUCAUUUUAACAGAUACGACCAAUUCUAGUUGUUCUUUAAAAGGAUAGUUAUGAGUAAUCUUUAAAACCAUUUUCAUACCAUCUGUAUAUAACCAGUUCGGUAAAGAACAAACCACACUGAACCCUGCUUUAGAGCUGUGUAUUGAGCUAAAAAUGUAAUUUUUAAAAAAUCGACUAGCAAAAUCUGUGGCUACAUAGAGAGCCUUCGAAAAUGGCAAAUACUUUGUAUCACCAGUUGUCUAAGUUUCAUCUUUCUUCUGCUUCCUCAGCCUUGUAGCAAAGGCUAGACAGCAGCCCAUAGUCCACAGUCUCUUUGGGAAAAUUUGCCUGCUGCCCUCUUUAAGCUCAGCUUAUUCUUGACUGACUUUCUGUGCUGUAGUUAUGAACCUUCAGGCAUUAUAACCCCAUGGCAAGGAGCCUGUGAGGUGUAGUUGCAUCUCUGCAUUGUGUGAAAUGGCCGUCUUAGUUUUGUAAAAAAAGGAGACAGCCUCGCUUUUGUGUGUCCCUCAGAAUUGCUUGCUCUGUCUGUUAAUACAGCUCACCCUUUUGAUUUCUCCUCUUUUCGUCUCAAGAUUGUAUAUGAAGGAGCCCUUUUCUUCUCAGCCAACAGGCAUGUAAGGAAAACCAUCUAGAGAGUUUUCUUUAGAAGUGACUCCCAUUAGCUAGGUGUGUGCCUGUGGUCUCAGCCACUAGGGAGGCCGAGGCAGAAGGAUCCCUUGAGCCCAGGAGGUUGCGGCUGCAGUGAGCUAUGAUCACAUCAGUGCACUCCAGCCUGGGCAACCGAGCAAGACCCUGUCUCUAAAGAAAAAACCAGAAGUGACUCCCAGUGCUUAUAUUGAUAGGCCCAUAGGGCGUCCAUGGGUGGAAACUUGCGAGGGAGUUUGUGUUCGGCUUGGUCAUGGAGCGAUUUCCGUGCCAUCAAGUUAGACCCAUCUUCCUGAUGAACAUUUGCUGUACGAGUCAGAGUACAGUCAUAGCACGGAAUUUGCAUUUCAUCUUCUCUGUCUUAUUGAGACAACAAUCUAUACUGUUUUGACAAGUUUGCAUUUAUAAGUAGGGGUUGUCCAAACUUCAGAUCUGUGUACAGGUUGUAAAAAUAAACUUUGGUGUCAGUGCA